AAUUCGUGAAGAGAGCUACUCUUUGAGAGUCGAUCAGUAUUAUAACGUGCAAUCGAAGUGAAGUGUUUACCUGUGAUAGAACUUAGUGUUUAUGAUAAUAUGGAAUCCCCAGUAGUUGUGGAUAAACCACCGGAAUAUCACGGGAACUCCGCAAGGAAUAAUGAAUUUUAGGAUUAUUGGCAACAACGCAAUCAAUGCGCGGCUUCCCGUUCGAGGAGGAGGAGUCUCCGGGUGCUUGGAGCUCGCUCGCGGCGCGACACCCCGACAUCGCGGCGCGCCUGCGACAGCGGCCCGCCGCCUGGGCCAGGAAGCGCCGCCCCUCCAGCCAGGACCCCUCAGACGAUUUUGGAGACGACUUCGGUGGCUUCGACAGAUUUCCCUUUGACGAUAUCCCGCCAGAGUUCCGCGAGCACUUCCCGUCACGUUGGAACCGCAGGUUCGGUUCCCGCGACGAGGCCGAGCCCCAACCUCACCCUCCGCAGCCACAUACGCCACCAGAACCGCCGUCCCCGCAUCAACAGGCCACUUCCACACAAACAGAACAAACCCCAGGACCUUCACACGACCACACAUACUUACCACAGUACGGACUAAGAAACACAGUAGAUCUAGGACAGAAAAGCCCAGCAGAUCCCAGCCUGGUUGAUGCUGAAGAGCGAGGCCAGCGGUCCAUGUCAGCGCCGCCCGACAACCGGGCGAAUCAAAAUCCCAGCAAAAUGAGCGAACAGAACCACCACGAGCAGCCACACAACGAGUCGUCCAACGUCCGACACAUACCGAUAUUUGUGGAGGGCAGGGACGAGCCCGUCAUCAACAAGAAUGUGGACCACGGCGAGCCCAAGCCGGCCUACGCGCCGCCGCCGCAGCCUCAUCCUCAUCCUCACCCGCACGUGGACAGAGAGCAGUAUUUCGCUGACGACGGUCCCGUCGGAUUCCACGCGCCGCCAAACUUCUCUAGGGCGUUCGGAACCCCCUUUAACACGUUCAGACAAGGCCCGCAGCCGUUUGCACAGCAGAAAGUGUAUCCGCAAACCGCUUUCGCUCGGGGUGCUUCCCCGCAGAGAUCUCAGUCUCCGAAACCUAAUUUCCCCGAAGAGAAAUUCGUGAAGGUGCCCGUGCAUCAUGAGUUUUCUAAAGGUGCUCCGUCCAAGCCGAAGCCGCCGCAGCAGCAGCAGCAGACGCAGCCGCCGCGCGCUCAGCAGCCCCCGCCGCAACAGAAGCAACAGACUCCGCCCCGACGAACACCCGAACCGCCCCAACAGGAGCAAGCUCCUCCACAGCCCAAACCACAGCCGGCCGCCAAUGACCCUAUCUCCCAGAUCCUCAGCAUCCAGACUGACGUUCUGAACCUGAUGACUGAUGUCGAAAACUUCACUGGUACCAAAAAAGACAAAAAAUACAUGUUUUUGGAUGAGAUGCUGACUAGAAAUCUCAUUAAAUUAGAUACUAUUGAAACCGAAGGCAAAGAAAAUAUACGGCAGGCUAGGAAGGAGGCGAUUAAAUGUAUACAAAAGUGUAUAGCGGUGCUAGAAGCGAAGGCGGAUAACAAGAGCCUCAGCACGCCACAGCCGCAGGAGCAGCAGGCGUCUCCUCUCGACGUGGAAAUGAAUGAGAAUUCGGAAGCGCCGAAGGAAGAAGCGCCUGUCGCUGAAAACGGCGUAAUUGAAAUGAAGGAGACCAAAGAAGUAAACAGUGCGUCACAAGUUGAACAGAAGGAACAACCCAAAGCAGAAGAGCAGAAGGCUGAGCCUGCACCGGCAAAUGAGAGUGAACAACCUCAAGCGGUCGACACGCGACCUGAAGAUAAGGCCCCGGAGGACACGAAGACAGACGAGCCGAAAAAUGAGGAGACUAAGAAAACUAAAGCAAAAAAUGUAAAGAAAAGAGACAAGAGCAAAGAUAAUAAGUCUGUAGAUAGCAAUAAGCAAGAUAAUGUAGAAGUGAUGCAAGUAGACGACAAAGGGGAUAAGACGAACUCACAAACUAUGGACGUAGACAGUGCUACUAGUCAAUAAUUAAGGCGACGUUAGUGAAUAUUGUAGAUACACUGUUGUCAUCCCUCGCAUGGGGCCUAAACUUACUGGCCUUGUUUGUGUUGUUAUAUUGUGCAUAACACUGGUGUUAACUAUACGUAUUUAGUAUUUAUGUUUGUACAGCUACGUUUUUAAUAUUAAAUAAAUAUGUAAAGCGAUUUGUUGUCUAUGAUUUUUGUCUUUUUAAGAUCCUAAUACUAUUUAAUUUAUUGUUUAUCAACUUGAUAACACAAUUUUCUCAAUAAAUUAUAAAUCCACAA